AUGUCCCAAAGGGCUGCGCUCCCUGGCCUCUGCCGCUUCGUCCUGAGCGCCGACGCCAGCGCGCUCGUGCGCUGCCGUGCCGAGCGCCUGGUGCCACGGCGCUUGGCAGAGGAGCUGGUUGGUGACGAACCCCUUGACAUCGAGGUCGAUCUGGUGCUCGACAAGAAGGUCUUCUGCACCUUGCGCUCUUCCAAAGCCAUCUUCGACGCAGCACCCGAGCACGGGGACUUCAGAUCUCAACAGUUCAUAUUUGCGAUCAAGGUGCGUGAUCUGCCUAGAGACAGCCACUUCGCGUUUCGAUUGAGGCCUCCUAGUACAGACGCUUGUCCAAAGGGCAUGCACCGAGGGGUGCUGGCUCUCUUCAACGACCGGGGGGUCUUGCGCCAAGGCCGGAGGCUCGUCGCACUUCUCCCAGACGACGAGGCCUCAGGGGAGCAUCCGGUGCAAGCUCAGCAGACGAGCGACUCCAACGAGGCUGCUGUGCGCUGGUUGGAGGCAGCUGCAAUGCCCGGUGCACGGGCACGCGCCCAUCGCUUGUCCGAGGCACUCCGCUUGGAGGAGGCUCUGGAGUUGAAAAGACGAGGAUGGAUUCCGACGAGUUCCGUGCCUGAGUGCGAAGAUGCCUUUGCAGGCGAAGUGCAGGAGGCGCUGGAGAGCUCAGGAAUGGCCUGGCUUUCAAUUCAGCUUCCCGAGUUCCAGCACCCUGUUAUCUUUGCAGAGUCUCAAUAUGGACAGGAUAUCGAGAUCCCCUCCGGCGUCCUCGCGGCGUCCAGAUCGAAGGAUGUCGACCAGCAAGACCUCGAUGCCCUGAAGGGAGCACAGUGGUUGCUCCGAUCAAUGCGCCCGGACCCGGCAGCUGCUACGAGCUCGGUGCCUUCUGGGCUCACGGGACAAGGCCGGAGUUUCAAAAGCUUUCUGGACCCUGGAGCUGCCUUGGAACAUCCAGCGCUUUUGAAGAGCCUCCGACUGGGUCGCUCGUCGCGUGCCGCCAUGUUCAAGGAUCGGGAUGCCAGACCCAGUGCUGAUGAACUCCGUCGCCUGGCCGAGUUGGUUCGGCGCCCGCGGCGCCAGCUCAGUUCGGAGGAGAAGGAUUUGCUUUUCCGAUUUCGCUGGAGCCUGACAGACCAACCGGGUGCCCUGACCAAGUUCCUCCAUGCGGUGGACUGGUCGCACGUGGAGGAGCGGAACCACGCCAUCGAGCUCUUGGGGCAUUGGAGUCCAGUGGACAUCGACGAUGCCCUGGAGCUCCUCAGCAAGGAUUUUCAAGGACUUCGAGAAGUUCGGCACCAUGCUGUGCAGAGGUUGCAGAAUGCCAGCGACGCAGACCUGCAGCUCUACUUGCUGCAGCUAGUGCAGGCUCUUCGCUACGAGCCUCCAAACGAGGCUACGAUGGAGAGCGAGGCCGAAGGUGGCCGAAGUGGCGAGGCCUUGGCAGGGUUCCUCAUUCGCCGAGCUGUCAGCUGCCCUUCUUUAGCCACUCUGCUCUAUUGGUAUGUCGUCGCCGAAAUCGACGAGGGUGAGUCUGGCGGCCACUUCGACAUGGUGCGGCAGCGGCUUCUCGAGGCCUUGCGGUCCUCGCAGGAGGCAAAAGCUACGAGGCACCUGCUGGAGCAGCAGGAGCGAUUGCGCAAGAAGCUGCUCUGGAGUCUGCAGGUGGCCAAGGCUGGGAAAAGAGACCGAAUCGAGAAGAAGAUCGAACGCUUCCGGCAAGCGCUGGUUGCCACUGAUCCACCUGCUGGCGAGGAUUCCUUCCAAGAGCUGGAUCUGGUCCAUGGGCUCAAGGAAGGCAUCCCACUUCCUGUGGAUCCGUCCGUUUCUUUAGUGGGUAUCUUGCCAGAGCAGUGCUUCUUGCUGAAGUCGGCGAUGAGUCCAGGUGUGCUCGCCUGCCAGGUUCGCCCGUCGUCGAAUCCCCAAGGCCAGCGGAGCCUCAAAAGGGUCAUGGUGAAAGAGGGUGACGAUCUGCGGCAAGACCAGCUGGUCCUUCAGUUGAUCAUCCUUAUGGAUUCGAUCCUGAAGAGAUAUGGUCUGGACCUCCAGUUGACACCCUACCAAGUGAUCGCUCUUUCUCGCAACGACGGGCUGAUCGACUUUGUUCCUGAUUCUUCCAACCUGUCCAAAGUGCUUAAAGAGCACAAUGGGGACAUCCAGCAGUUCUUCCGUGCCCACCAUCCAGCUGAUGCUGGCUUCAAGGGCCAGAACAAGGGCGACGACGCGAGCGGCGCGUGGUGCGCGCAGAACUCCUAUGGUAUCAAGGCCGAGGUGCUGGAGAACUUCGUCCGCAGCUGUGCAGGCUACUGUGUCAUCACCUACAUCCUCGGCAUUGGGGACCGUCACCUUGACAAUCUUAUGGUCACCAAGGACGGCAAACUCUUCCACAUUGACUUCGGAUUUAUCUUGGGCAAAGAUCCCAAGCCAUUCCCGCCGCCCAUGCGCAUCUGCAAGGAGAUGGUUGAAGGGAUGGGUGGUAACCCCUCGCCUGGGUACCAGUCCUUCAAGUCCAAAUGUUGCCAGGCCUUCAAGAUCUUACGUCGGCACUCCAAGCUGAUCAUUAACCUGCUGUACCUGAUGACGGAUUCUGGCAUCAAGGACAUCUGUAGUGAUCCGCAGUUCGCCAUCCUCAAGGUGGAGCAGAAGUUCCAGGCUGUGAUGGAUGAUGAACAGGCAGAGGAGCAUUUUCUGAAUCUCAUCGACGAGUCAGUGAGCGCGCUGCUGCCUGUUUUGCUGGAGCUCGGCCACAAGAUCUCCAUCGCAAUGCAGUGGCAAGUCCAUGCCGACGGACAGUCUUGCUCCGCUGCUGACAGUCAAGCCGAAGAGGACUUCCGGAAGGCAGUUCUGCAGCUGGCAGUGAUGGGUGGGGGCUGGCCAGCUGACUUCAAGUGGCGGCUGCGACACAUCCUGCUGGAGGGCCGGUGCCAGGCGAAGACAGUCUGUGCCGAAGCCCCGAAGCCCAUCGAAACGGAGAUCGACUUCUACCACACUUCUUCGAGAGCUCGCAGUAGUGGAGCAACGCACCAGGCCUUGCUCGGCCUGGGCGAAAUGACUGGAAUCCCCUUGUUCAAGGCCCGAGCAGAUGUAUACCGCUCCGAAGGCCCCUCUGUUGUAUUGAGCAAUGCGAGCAUCACACAGUCAAGAGACUGCUUUGCUUUCCGUGGAGCCAACAGCAGCCUGGCACUGCGGUUGGCCCCCGACGGCUUGGGAGUUUCAGCUCGCCAGCUUGUCAUCGAGCAGCCCGCUCGCUGGGCGGCGCUGCGGCCGCGUUCAGCGCCGCGGCGCUUCGCCGUUUUCGGGCUGCCGGCAAAUACCGGUCGAGCGACGACCGCGAAGGUGGGAGAGGGUCCGUACACAGAGUUUCUGGGCAGCUUCGAGUACGCUGCUGCGGGGCCUGCCGCACAGGCCUUUGAGCUGCCAUCAACGAUGGUCCAGGGUCUCCGCCUGGUCUUCUCAGGGCCCGAGUGGGGCGAGAGCUACAUCUGCCUGUAUCGAGUUAAAGUCUUCGAGGAAAGUGGAACCGUUUGCAGUGGGCGUCGCGUUGCGGCCGUUCUGCCUAGGCUUUGA